AUGGAAGGAAGAACAUCGUCUUCAAGUCAUGUCAGUUUUCGUAUACCAAAGAAGAAAACACACACCAAGUCAGAGGAUGUCCAAGUUCAGUCCCCUUUGGCAAGGCUCCCGGGCUCCCACCAUUGGGACUACCCUUUAAAAGAGUGGAAAUUAAGUGCCAACAACAGAGAGCCUUCCACAAAAAGAAAACGGCAAAAGGACCGCAACAGACACAGCUCUAAUGAUGAAGAAUCAAUUGGGCAACCCAAAGUUAUCUUGACGAACGUCCUGAGGACGAAAAUAGGAAGAAAAUACACACAGGCGCAACUUAAAACUGGUGCUUAUUUUUCUGAUGCUGGCAAGCUGCAGUCACAUCAACCGCGCUCAUCAUCUGCUGCCAGCCUAAAGAUAUGGCAAAUUUUAAACCCUACUCUCCAAAGCCUUUUUCUGUCUGAAAGGCAACCCAAAGUUAUCUUGACGAAUGUCCUGAGGACGAAAAUUGGAAGAAAAUACAUAGAGAGCCACGUAAUAAUUGAUGCAGAUUUAUCUAAUGCUGACAAAUUGCAAUCGGGUCAACUACUUGCAUCAUCUGUUGCCAGCCUACAGACGUGUCAAAUAUUAAGUUCUCCUCAUGAGAGUUCUUUUCUGUCUGAAAGGUCUGAGUGUCGCCUGAGAAAGACAGAUGAUGUUCUGUGCAAAUUGACCAAGGCUUCUAAGGAACCUGAAAAAAAUAACAUCUUCACUUGUAGAAGACGGGAGCUGCAGAAGAAAGAAAACAAGAACUGUGAUCACCUGGAAAAGAGGAGGAGAAACGUGAACAGCACUGCUCUUAGUCAGAAGGAAUCAGGCUCUUCUGAUUCUGAGAAAAGGAAAAGAAGAUCUAGUGGCCAUAUUUCUGAUGAUUGUAAUGCACACAUUCCAGAAAAAUCACUUCUUCUGUCUAAAGAGCAACGAUCGAAUUCGACUCAGUCUCCUGGCCACAAAACACCCUGUCAGGAUAAACACAGUCACACAUCUAAUACAAUUCUGGUGCCAGAUUGUACUCCCCAGGCAUUAGAGAGAGAUUCUGAUGACAUUUCCACCCACAACCACUUAAGGCCUCCUCACAGCUGCGCAGAGGAACCGGGCUCAGAGUCUCCUUCCAGAAAUUUGUCAGAGAAACAGCUUUCUGCUGCCAGUAAGGAUGUGACAUCACCACGAGUUAGUACCAUCAGGAAAUCGAAGAUGGACACAUCACAGUACCUGAUCAAGCUGCGGAACAGUCUCUGCAGGGGUAAUCGGCAACUUGUUUCAGUUGACCCAAUUGUCCUUUCUAGUGACGAUGAAGAUGAUCCUUCUGACCCACAAUGUGCAGAGCUGCUGCAGGAUAGUGUCACUGACAAAGAACCAGAGCAACAGUCUGACUUCUGUUUCUCAACAGAGCAAUUGGAAGAGAAGAUGGGAGGUCGCGGAAACCAGUUUUUAAUAGAGUCACCUGAAGAUAAAGAUCCUGUCAGCUCACAAUCUGGAAGCACACCUAGAAAACUGAUGAACCCAGCAUCGGAUGUUCAGUUUGGUAGUCUAUACGUUGGGAAAUUUAAAUGGUUAUUAACAGGUCCUGCUGAGUUUACAAGCAAGUAUAUUAUGAUGCCAGUUCAGGUGGCUCUUAAUAAGAAUAUUAAGCUGACAGUGGAUACUCUGGAUCUGAGAAGGUUUGGCUUGUGGAGAAGUACUGGUAGCUGUUCAGCAAUGAUCAUUUUCCUUUGGUUGUCCGUGGAUUAUUUAGAAAAACUUGAAACCCAAUUAGGAAAGUUAGUUAUCGGCAAGCCGU